AAAAGCAUUAAAUAAAGAAGUUUGAGCCCACUGUCGUUCUUAAAAAGUUGAUUCAGUUUUAAUGGAACUCAUUAAACUCAAAAGUUCAGUUCUAAUCAGCUGCAUUACUUUUUUUUUUAAGAAAAAAAAACUUCAUACGUUUAAUCAAGUAAACUAAAAUGUUGUUCUAUUUUAUGUAACUUUAACUAAAUAAGUUUUAAAAGUGCUUUUGAGAUACCAAAAAGAAACUCAUUAAUUAUAACAAUAUAAAGCACUUUCGUAUCUUAAUUGUGUGUUUGACGCAGAUUUGUAAGAAUUUUUAAUCAUUUUAACCCAAACAUCUUAUGCUUAUCAGAGAUUGUCGAGAAUGUUGAAAGUUUCGGAGCUCGUCUUAUUAUUAUAUCUAAUAAAAACAAUUAGAGGAAAUGUAAAUAAUGAAAUAUUAUCAGUCCUUCCUGAUACUACGAGUGAUAUCUUUAGCCUUCCAAAUGGAACUCACGACACUUCACUUGCAGAAUCUCCUAACCAUAAGAGAAUUCUUUCUGUGAGAUUUAGCAAUAGGAGCCUUCUCAAAAUUCCUUUACAGGAUUCGAAUGUCUCUUCCCUCAUUUGCUUUCCAAGUAGUGACCAAGAUUACAAAAAUGUCUAUACUUUAUCCCACAUCACUUGCAGGACAAUGGGCUUCAUGACCUUUGCUUCAAUCAGAGCGAAAAUGUCUCCACUCAAUCGAGCAAGAAUCAAUCCUAGAGAUCUGGACUGCUCUGGUCUAGAGCGAGGGGCUUCUACGUCAUGCAAACCUUUUCGAACUACGACUGAAAAUUGCCGAAUGGUCACUGAAGUAACUUGUGGAGCUUGCAAUGGAACAAGCAAAGGAUUCAAAGGAGUGAUUAAGAGUCCCGGUUUUCCAUUUGCUUCCUUUGAUGAUGUAACGUGCGAAUGGAACGUAAUGGUUCCAGAACAUCAUAGUAUUAUCCUGUCUUUCAAUCAAUUCGAUGCAAUUGAUACAGAAUCAGCAGAUCUCCCAUGUGGUUUACACAGACCAAGCGUACAAAUAAUGUUCGGAAUUCAAUCAAAAGUGACUAUUCAUCGUUAUUGUCAACUAAGUGAGCUGAAAAAUUUGAGUAUACCAUUCCACACGGUGAAAAUCAUAGUUUUUACUGGAUUGCAGGGAAGAAGGCUUUCGAAGAAUGAGCUCGGCAUUUCCAUAUCAUUCGAAGCUAGCGUGCCGGCUAAAGAAAGUGAUGAUUCUCCACUAACAUUGCUCGCCUUCUUUCUUCUUGGGGUCAUUUUCCUAAGCUGCGUUAUCCUCUGCCAUUUCAUACAAAAACACAAGCUCUGUGAAUGUGGUAUGAAAGAUCGUGAUAGGAGAAUUUUAAGACAUCCGAUGGAACAUGCCUAUGAUUUGCAUAAUUACAAUCGAACAAGAAUAGGAAAUGAAAAUUUGAGCAAUUGUCCAAAAGUAGAAUGUGCAAAAGCAGUAGUUGAACUUCAACAGAAUCCUAAAGUGGUAUACGAAUCAAGAAAAGACUUCCACGAGUAUACAAGUCUGCUUGACACUUCAGCAGGAUAUAUUCCAAGUGUAACUCGCGGUUAUAGUGAUCAAGAGAAAUUGAACGCCAGUCUUCACAAAAAAUUAAAUUUAUCUCACAGUUACCACGGAAAAGAGGAUCCCAAUCGAUUGUCUGUGUCACCUCCCACGCCUUAUUAUGAUUAUCCCAGGUUCAAUGCAUCUUCUGAAUCUUCCAUGGAAGAGGAAAAGAAAAAACUCAAACUUUCCAAGAGUACUUGCUAGUUUUAGUGGGAAAAUGUUCUUACUUUUUUACUGAGAAUUAAUAUGUGAAAAGUUCUUAACGAU